CUUUGUCGCGGAGUGUAUUGCUUUAAUUAUAUAUACUGUAUUGGUUUAAAAUAAGAACACUUAAAUAGAAUGUUUAACGGAAUCGUAGAUGUUUGUUGGAUUCCGUUUGCUGGUUUUAUAUCAUUCUUAAUUAUAUUAUCGGCAAUCAACAAAUCUGUUGGUGUUCGAAAGGCAUACGUAAAUAUUCUCUUGCGAAUAUUUGAGUAUGGUCGAGCUAGCAUAGAAUCGGCUUCAAAGGAAAAUACACAGAGUGUCCGAGAAAAUGUCACUUCUGAUCAGAAUGCUAGUGUGCAACCUGUGAAGGACGUAGACGCAAAUGAAUCAACUAAUGGCGCAACGCUUAUAACGCGAGAUGCCGUACUUCUUCCGCAGGCACAAGAAUCAGGCAAUGAUAAGCCUCAAACAUUAAAAAAGGAGGAAUUCAAUUUUGAUUUUGAAAACUGCUUAGACUACGUGAAAUCUGGCGUAGAAGCAAUUAUCGAAGACGAUGUUACCUCCCGAUUUGAGGCCGAAGAGCUAAAGAGCUGGAACAUGCUGACACGAACGAAUCGACAUUAUGAAUUCAUAUCGUGGAAAAUAACACUUAUCUGGAUGUUUGGGUUUGCAGUGCGCUAUUCCAUUCUAAUGCCACUGCGCGUCCUCGUCUGCUUUAUUGGAGUUUUAUUUACAGUUAUUUCAAACACAUUUGUGGCUUUAAUACCCAUUCGAUUUUUGCGGACCUACUUAGCGGGCUUGUGCUUCAAGAUUACCUUCCGUCUUAUAUCAAAUUCCCUGUCAGCACUAAUAGUCUUUCACAAUAAGCAAUAUAAGCCCAGCACUUCUGGGUUCUGUGUAGCUAACCAUACGACCCCACUCGACGUGGCUAUUUUAUCAACAGACUGUACAUUUUCUUUGGUAGUGUGGUUAACGGUAUGCACAGCUGCUGUGGGAAAUCUAAAGGAUGGAAAUAAAAAGCGUGCAAUUGUGAAUAAUGUUCUUGGGCAAUGUUUCGGUGUCUUGUCCAGCGCCAUUUCCGCUGUUAUUACUUACCAUAAUGAGGAUAAUCGACCGUCAUCAGGUAUUUGUGUGGCUAACCAUACAAGCCCUAUCGACGUACUUGUUCUGAUGUGUGACACGAACUAUUCUCUGAUUGGUCAACGACAUGGCGGUUUCCUUGGCGUACUGCAAAGAGCCUUGGCGAGGGCAUCUCCCCAUAUUUGGUUUGAGAGAGGCGAAGCUAAAGAUCGCUUAAUUGUUGCCGAAAGAUUGAAACAGCAUGUGUCCGACCCAAAUAAUCCACCAAUUCUAAUCUUUCCGGAAGGAACCUGCAUAAAUAACACAUCUGUUAUGCAAUUCAAAAAAGGCAGCUUUGAAGUUGGCGGCGUUAUAUAUCCUGUUGCUAUUAAGUACGAUCCCAGAUUUGGUGACGCUUUCUGGAACAGUUCCAAGUACUCAAUGAUGCAAUACCUUUACAUGAUGAUGACCUCGUGGGCCAUUGUCUGCGAUGUUUGGUAUCUCCCGCCCAUGUAUCGCCAAGAUGGAGAGUCGGCGAUAGACUUUGCUAACCGUGUCAAGGGUGUGAUAGCGAAACAGGGUGGAUUAGUAGAUCUGGUGUGGGAUGGACAGCUCAAGCGAAUGAAGCCCAAAAAGGAAUGGAAGGAGAUACAACAAGUUGAAUUUGCAAAUCGAUUAAAAUCGGAUUAACACUGAGCCUAUACAUUUUAUUUUAUUUAAACCAAAAACUGAGAAUUGUUUAAAUAUAUGAGACUUCUUUACUAAAAGUUUAUCCUACUCUC